CAGCGCCGCCGCCAUGAGCUCCGAGCCGGGGCCCGACCUGCCCUUCCUCCCGGGCUACGCUUUCAGGGACCCCAUGAAAACAUCUUUCCAUCGGUCCCAGACACUGGGCUACAAAAAUGGAUUUGCCUUUUUUCGGCUGCCAACAGUGGGGAUCGGCGGGGAGAGGCUCUAUGUGAACCAGCUUUCUCAGGCUGAGUUAGAUGAAUUAUCCGACCAGAGACCCCUGCUGACCUAUGGGCCAGCCAAGCAGGCUCCACCUUCGGACUUCAUUCCAGCACACGUGGCUUUUGACAAAAAGAUUUUGAAGUUUGAUGCCUAUUUCCAGGAAGAUGUUCCUGUCUCUACAGAAGAGCAUUACCGGAUCCGCCAAGUGGCUAUCUAUUACUUUUUGGAGGAUGACAGCUUGACCAUCAUAGAACCUGUCGUGAAGAAAGCUGGAUUUCUCCAAGGCAGACUCCUCAGACGCCACCGGGUGCCUAAGAAUGACCAAGGGGAGCAUUACCACUGGAAAGAUCUGAAUCGGGGCAUGAACAUCACCAUGUAUGGCAGGACCUACCGGAUAGUCGACUGUGACCCAUUCACCCAGGGGUUCCUGGAGAGCCAAGGAAUUGAACUGAACCCUCCAGAGAAAAUUCCUCUUGAUCCUUACACAGAACUGCAUCGGACGCGGAUGCGCAAGUACAUCACUCCAUCAGAUUUCGACCAAUUCAAACAGUUUCUGAUCUAUGACAAGCAGGUCCUUUGCUUCUAUGCAAUGUGGGAUGACACUCACAACAUGUUUGGUGAGAAUCGGCCUUUCAUCAUUUAUUACUACUUGGCAGAUGACACAGUGGAGGUUCGGGAAGUCCGCAAGAAAAAUGAUGGUAGAGACCCAUUCCCAGUGCUGAUCAGACGCCAACGCUUGCCCAAAACCUUGGUGGACAACAAAAAUACCUUCCCAAGCUGUGUGCUGGAGACCACUGAUCAGGAGGUACUUGAGUGGUUCACAGCUAAAGAUUUUGCUGUUGGCAAAUCUACCACCCUCCUUGGACGCACCUUCUUCAUCUACGAUUGCGAUGAGUUCACACGAAACUUCUAUCGUGACAAAUUUGGCAUUACAGACUUCCAGCCAGUGGAAAUAAAGAAGAAACCACCUGAGGAAGUUCCACUGGUAAUUCCUCCCUACAAUGGUUUUGGCACCCUUGAAGACUCUCUUCAGAACUGCUUCUCUCUGAUACCAAAGCCUCCUCGGAAAGAUGUCAUUAAGAUGCUAGAGAAUGACCAAAAGGUGCUGCGCUACCAGGCGGUCCUGGAAACACCAAACCCUGAGGAUAGGAAACGUCGUUUCAUCCUCUCUUAUUUCCUCUCCAAUGACAUGAUCAGCAUCUAUGAAUCCCCGAGCCGGAACUCUGGCAUCAUUGGAGGCAAAUACUUAAGAAAGACCAGAGUUGCCAAACCAGGCUCUACUACAGACAAUGCCACCUACUAUGAGCCCUCUGACUUCACCAUCGGUUCUACAAUUGAAGUGUUUGGCCACAGGUUUAUCAUCACUGAUGCUGAUGAGUAUGUGCUUAAUUAUAUGGAGAGCAAUGCAGAGCGUUUCCCUGCGGCGACACUGCAGUCCCUGAGGGAUCAUUUUCGCCUGAGGCAGGUGGCAAAGGAGCCUGCCAACAGCGACAUCCCCAGCAAGCCGGGACUGGAGGAGUUAAUCGCGCAGGUUCAGGAAGAGCUGAAGCUACAUAAGUACUUGAACAACAAGAAGAUUUGGGAGGCAUUUCUUCAGUGUGACAAGGAUGGCUCUGGCAUCCUGAACAAAGCAAGAUUUUUAACCAUUUGUGACAACUUGAGUGUGCCGACCAGCGCCGUUCUGGUUUCCAAGCUGAUUGACCUGUGUUCUUGUGCAGAAGACAAGAUAAACUACCAUGAUUUCCUUAGAGCCUUCCCUGUGUGAUCUUCGCCCAGAAGCUGAAGCACAAGACCAGCAAGAAAAUUCUUAGCCUAGUUGACUUUAAGACAUCAUACCUCAAAAGAUAUGCUGUAGUCUUCACCCCUGUUCAUUCACUCUCUCCCUCCCCUCCUCACCAGAGACAGCUUAAUUCACCCUCACUGUGUUAACAUUUUUCCCUUUCUAACCUCUCCCUGCCCUUUUAGCUACAACCAAACUCAACCUAACAACUGCUGGAUGUUGAAAGGAAACUCACAGGAGAAAAAAACUUUGGAGAACCAAAGCCAGGUUCUCUUGUUGAUCUCUCCAUUUUUUUAAUGCAGUACAGCAAGCCUUGCUAGAGCUAAAGUUCCCUAAAGCCUCUAGGUUUCUCCUGUGGAGCCAAAAGGGGCCUUUCACCUUCCAGCAGCAAUGACUGCCAGUUUGAAUUGUAACUUACAUUGCAAGAAGACUGAAGAGCCCUGCCAUGGACAACAAUAAACUCACUCUUGUUAGUUUGAAUGUAGGCAAGUCAUGCAUGGCUACUACAAAAGUGUUAAUAAAUCUGCUUUAAAUAGAA